AUGAAUUUAUCUUCUAAUGAUAAACAGUUAAAAAUAAGUAUCUUAUAUAAAAACAAUAUUUUACAAGAUAUGUGCUUUUUUAAGAAUUAUAAGAAUUCUGAUUUGUAUAAUAAAUUGAAAGAAUUAAAACAAGUAUUAAAUAAAAAAGGAUUGUAG